AUGAGUAAAGAGGAAAGCCCGCAUGUUAACAAAGAACCACAAGAUCAUCCUCUUCUACUACCCCAAAUUCUAAAACUUCAGUUGAUUAAUUCUUUUCCCCGUAGGCGCGUGCAAAUUCUUGAACUGAUCAAGCUUUUGUGCCCUUUGAAUUCUCCUAAGAUUCCAUUAUUUGUCUAUAGAGAUGCUUCAAUGGGCAAAACAAGCACAGUACUUGAGAUUUUCAAGCACUUGAAGCUCCCAUUUAUUUAUAGCAGUUGCAUCGCCUGCUACAAUCCCAAGAUACUGUUUGCAUCUAUCUUGAACCAGCUUUUACUUCAUAGGAAGAGUGAAAACAAUGGAUACUCAAGUGCAAAGCGCUAUGAAAAGCCCUCUGAUUUUGUAAAUCUUUUACAUGACGCUUUGAGUACUUUUAUAGACUGGCUCGAAGGUGAUCUGGAGAAAUCUAACUCCAAGAAGUCAGCUUCCCAAGUUAAUGGGAAGAUGAUUUACUUGAUAAUUGAUAAUUUAGAGCACGUUAGAGAAUGGGAUAAGAGUUCGAAUAUGUUGCCCUUCUUAUUUAACUUGUAUGAUAUUCUACAAAUGCCAGAGGGUUUGAUUUUCACAAGUAAAACCUCUCUUCAUACGUAUCACUGA